UUUGCCAGCCGGAACCAUGGGCUGCCAGGCUCUCCUGCUCUUGGUUUUCCUAUCACUCGGGGCCGCCGCAACCCUCCGGCCUGGGCUAAAGACUUUCGGCAGCCUGCACUUGUCAGCCAACCCCACAUCCAAUCCCGCUAUAGCCAAUAACUACUCAGUUUUAUACUUCGAACAGAAGGUUGACCACUUUGGAUUUUCUGACACAAGGACUUUUAAACAGCGGUACCUGAUAGCUGAUAAACACUGGCAGAAAAACGGCGGAUCAAUACUUCUCUACACUGGUAAUGAAGGGGACAUUGUCUGGUUUUCCAAUAACACGGGGUUCAUGUGGGAUGUGGCUGAGGAGCUGAAGGCUAUGCUGGUAUUUGCUGAGCACCGGUACUAUGGGGAGUCCCUACCCUUUGGUGAGGACUCAUUCAAGGAUUCCCAACACUUGAAUUUUCUGUCAUCGGAGCAGGCUCUGGCUGAUUUUGCAGAGUUAAUCAGACACUUGAAAAAAACAAUCCCAGGAGCUGAAAGUCAACCUGUGAUCGCCAUUGGGGGCUCUUACGGUGGCAUGCUUGCAGCCUGGUUCAGGAUGAAAUAUCCUCAUAUUGUAGUUGGAGCUCUUGCAGCUUCUGCUCCUAUCUGGCAGUUUGAAGAGUUGACUCCCUGUGGUGUGUUUAUGAAGAUUGUAACUCAAGAUUUCAGGAAAAGUGGUCCACAUUGUUCCGAGAGCAUCCGCAAAUCCUGGGGUGCCAUUAACCAACUCUCAAGUACAAGCAGUGGCCUCCAGUGGCUCACAAACACUCUUCGCCUAUGCAGACCCUUGACGUCUGAGGAUGUCCCAACUUUGAAAGGAUGGAUAACUGAAACCUGGGUGAACCUGGCAAUGGUGAACUACCCUUAUGCAACCAACUUUUUACAGCCUUUGCCUGCUUGGCCUAUUAAGGUAGUGUGCCAGUAUUUGAAACGUCCUAAUGUGUCUGAUACAGUGCUGAUGCAAAAUAUUUUCCAAGCUCUGAAUGUAUAUUAUAAUUACUCAGGCCAAGCGAAAUGCCUGAAUAUGUCACAAACAGCUACUAGCAGUCUCGGAGCUGUGGGCUGGAGCUUCCAGGCUUGCACAGAAAUGGUCAUGCCCUUUUGUACUAAUGGUGUUGGCGACAUGUUUGAACCUUCUCUGUGGGACUUGGAGAAGUUUUCCGAUGAUUGUUUUAACCAGUGGGGUGUGAAGCCACGGCCUCAUUGGAUGACUACCUUGUAUGGUGGCAAAAACAUCAGUUCACACUCAAACAUUGUUUUCAGCAAUGGUGACUUAGACCCGUGGUCAGGAGGUGGAGUAACCAAAGACAUCUCAGAUACCCUGGUGGCUAUCAUCAUCCCUGAUGGGGCCCAUCAUUUGGAUCUCCGCGCCCACACUGCCUUCGACCCUUCCUCUGUGUUGUUAUCUCGCUCACUGGAGGUUAAACACAUGAAGAAAUGGAUUGCAGAUUUCUAUAGUAAUGCCAAAUGGCAGUCCUGAGCAGCUUACUUUACUUUUUUUUUUUUUUUUUUU